GCUCACGCUGGUGGGGAUAUUGGGAUUCACUGUAACUGUGUAACGGAACAAUAUAGAUGUAGUAUUUGAUUUCUGUAUUUGGUGUCUAGUGUAGCAGUGUUGUGUGUACAGAAUAAGACAUAGUUCGAUCAGCGUCAGUUUUCGGAAUCAUGCAUUUGACAUUAAACUUGUCAUCGAUGGUUAUGUGCGCUAUGUUUGGUUGUGCUUUCGGUUUGAUCGCAGCCAAAUUUGUUCCCUACAACUUGAAGCUUACGAUGCUGAAAUCUGUCCCCCCGGGGCGACUAGGAUCCUCAGUUACUUGUCCAGACUUCGUCAAUCAGAUUCCAUUUUCGAGCUAUUUAGAUAAACUGUCAUCCAUGAUUUAUCUAGAUGUUGACUACUACAGCAUAGUCUAUAACAGCACAGCUAUUUACUUGGUAGAAUCUAAUCCUCCUGUUAGAGGAGUUCUGAUGACGCCUGGACAGGGAGGAUCCUGUUAUGAGGACCUGGGGGACCUAACAGACAUUAUGCCAACAGGAGACCUAAAAGAUCAGUGUUCCAGAGACAUAUACAAGGAUGUGAUAAAAACAGAGUUGUUAAUGGAGGGGAGAACAUUUAAGGAGUCGUGUAGUAUUUAUGUUUACCCGAACUGUAGCCGUCCCUCCGACGAUGUGUACUGUGUUCCCUGUGUUAAUGGACGCUGCUCCUCCCCCUAUGAUUGUAAUGUAGUCACAGGAGGAUGUAGAGGGUUCUUUGACUGUAAACAUCCAUUUACUGACGCCUUCUGCAACACAACUUGUCCACAUGACAGAUAUGGACCUACUUGUGGUCAGUCCUGUAGCUCGCAAUGUAAACCACAGCUUCAUUCUGAGGACAGGAACUGUUCGCAGUCCAAUGGUGCAUGUCUGCUGGGCUGUAUCAUUGGAUGGCAAGGGACACAAUGUGACCAAAAGUGUACACCAGGAACUUAUGGAGAUGGCUGUAAGCAGACCUGUGUAGGGAACUGUUUGGAAGAUAAGGUGUGUAGCCCGUUUGAUGGGACCUGCCCCAAGGGCUGUGCUGCGGGCUGGAAAAAUGUCCAUCCCUGUAACCAGAGAUGUGAAAACAACACUUAUGGCAUGGAUUGCAGUGAGAAGUGCAGCAAAGGCUGUGUAAAUGGCAGUUGUAAUGUCAAGGACGGAACUUGUCUGCACGGAUGUCUGGAUGGCUACAAUGGAAACAAGUGCUCUGGAUGUCCUAAAGGUACUUAUGGGAGUAGGUGUGCUUUUAACUGUGGACUGUUUUGUCUUGAUGGGACCUGUGACCCCAUCAAUGGAGUCUGUCUCCAGCCGCAGUGUGCAGAGGGGUGGAGCGGCCCGAAAUGUGACAUUGAUACCUGUUUGAAGGAUUUUGAUGAAGAAUUCUGGUUCAACAUUUAUACCUUUGCCAUUGGCUCUGGGAUCGGGAUUGGGAUUGCAGGAAUCUUAAUGAUCGCCUGCUUUUGCUUCUACAGGUAUCGUAUGCAGACACACUCUCGGCCAAUGAACCGCACUGAUUACUCACAGUCUAGAACAGAAGAACGGAUGGAGCUCUCCCCUACAUACAGAUUCUAACCCCCACCUUCUUACCUUACAGGUUGCGAUGGAGGAGAAAUGCAAUGCCAAUGAACAGAUCUGAGUUCUCCAACUCCAGCGCCAUGCCAAUGAGCUCCUUCAAUAAGUAACUACACGUUCGUUAAAAAGUAUCUAUGUUAAGUGUUGCAUCAAGUGACAUGUCCAUUGCUUUCGUUAAGUAGGUACGGUAUAUCAAGUGUUGACAAGUAACUAUUUCCAGUGCUUUCACAGUAACAAUGUCAGGUGUUGAAUCAAGCAACUUUGUCCUGUGCUUUCAUUAAAUAACAAUGUCAAGUGUUGACAAGUAACUACAUCUUUGUCCAUUGCUUUUAUUAACUAACUAUAAUUUAAAGUGUUGCAACAAGCAAGAGUCUGUCCAGUGCUUUCAUUAAGUAACUAUGUCAAGUGUUGCAACUACAUGUACUAAUUUUGUCAAGUGCUUUCAUUAAGUAACUAUAUCAAGUGCUUUGUGAAGUGUUCUUGAUCAGUAUGCCAAGAGUGCUUUCAACAAGUGAGUGUGUCUUAUGUCUUAUGGUGUUAAAGAGUAACUAUAUAUGUCAUCAAUGCUUUAGUAAGUAUAGCUAGAGUAAUUAACUGCAUGUUUAUAUAUCAUUAAUGUUUUAGAAAGUAUAACUAUUUCAAGUGCACUCUGUCAGUAACUAUGUUCAGUGUUUUUAAACAACUAUGUCCAUGCAGUGCAUUGACAUAUGCAUGUUGAUAACUCUUUGUCCUAUAAGUGAUCAAUUAUUGUCAUAUAUUCUGCUUUUACUUUUUUCUUUUUCGACAUAGUCAGUGCUACAAAGACAUUAAUUUAAUUAUGUAAAUAUACGCAUUCUGCUGCAGAGGAAAGAUACCAAUAACUGGAAUACUAGUACAUUUUGUGUGUUUGUAUGUUGUCAGUCAGUGCUCUGAUAUGUCAGGCAUUUGCACUAGCUCUGGUUCUGCAAAGAUGUUCACCGUUCUGGCAUCAGUGGUCAAUAUAGCAGCAGAACAUUUAACUCUCAUACAAUAGGCACUAACUUUCAAAAGCAACUAGUUCUGCUCAACUACUCUGUAUUAUCCUUGACAAUAUUUGCACGUUGUGUGACUUCCUUAAAGCUUUACUUUUUUGGACAUCUUCAGUUCAGCAGCUAUAUCACUUCUGCUGUGUGGAGCAAUGGUUCUCCAUGAUGUUGAUUGUUUGUCUUUAUCCAGUAUAUGACAUGUUUGUUGGUUUGUAGUCUGAUUAAGUGAACUAUCCAUCUGACAUAAAAUAAAAUUAUCAGAAAAUGACUAGUCAAUUAAGAUAUGUCAGAUGGACAGUUUUCCUGUUAUACAUUAGAUUUCAUAUACUUUUUUGAAUGACAUGUUUGUAUUUGAUGUAUGCAAAUUUUUUUUGUUUGUAAAUUGGUUUGUUUUGUUUUUGGGUUUUUUAUUCCAUUGCAAUUGUGAUGUCGUUUAUGCGUUUUAAUUAUCUUAUUUGGUGCAUGUUUUAUACAAAUCUGUAUAUAUGCAAUUUUGAAUUUGAUUUACAGGUUGUUAAUGAUUUUUCUGUAUCAAAUUGAAUGUUGUUUUGUAAAUCUGUUUUAAAAUGAUAUAAAUAAUUUUUACCUGUAUAUUCUAAGAUUAUGUAUAUAAACUGAGUGACCUCUAGGUCCAUUAGGGACAUUAGCCUUGGGUUGUAAACUGACUUCAAGAUCUGUAUGACUAUGUAAAAUUCCUGUCCUUUUUCUCUAAAUAUAACUGAUUACGUGGUUUGUCAUGAUAGAACUGACCAUAAAUCAUAAUUUACAACAAAUUCAAUUUGUAAAAAUGUAAAUAUUUAAAAAGGAAAGGUGUAUCUCUUCCCAUAGAUAUGCAUUCACCUGCAAUUACCUAAAAUAGUAAGACACAUGUAUUACCAAGACCAUUGUAGUUGCAGAUAGUAAAAGAAUUCUUAAUGGAGGAUAUUUCAGGUGAACUUUGAAGUAAUCAAAUAAGAUGAGAUAACCUUUUAUUUGGGCUUUUUUGUUUGUAAGCGGUUGUAUUGGUGGAUGGUGUUAUAGCUUUUUGCAAGGUGCUGUACUGUGUUCUUUCAUGUUUACUUAUAUACCUCUAUACUAGGAUAGCUAGUGUAUUUUUAUAUUUACUAAUACAGUGUACUUUAAGUAAAAAUUAUCAAAUACUUGUACAUUGUACAAAUAAUCAAGUAUUGAAAACGUUUUUCAAUGGAAAAGAAAUAAACGCCAGCGUGUAUGUUGUUGAGGACUUUAUUGUUAGGAUUGUUAUAUUAUUUUGUUGAUUUAUAUUUUAUUCAUAUUCCAAGAAUAUUUUAUAUUUUUUGGUACGAUUAAUGAAUAAAUAGACAUUUUCUGGG